ACGCUUACCAUAUAACAUUCCAUACAAUAUGGACAAUACUAGCCACAUGCUUUAUGUUGCUUCAAUUUAUAUAUAAAGACUAAAAGUACAUACAAAUGUUAAGUGAAGAAUUUAUUUAGAACACAAACAUGGCAAAGAUGACUGAGGUUCGAACUGAUUCAACUGAUUACAGGAUUGAGCUUCUUUCUCCAGAAAUAGCUGCACAAAAUGUGUCUAUGGCUAGGCAACCUUCAUGGAGGAUCAACAUGGACGAACAUCGCUUGCCAGAAAGACAAAUGGUGUCUCAUUUUGGAUUUGGAUUAUUCUUAAGAACAAUGAAGAGACAAAGGAAACUUGCCAAGUAUUAUAAGAGGCAGGAAGUUCUUCUUAAAGGGUACCAAGAAGUGGAUUCAUAUAUUGAUUUAGGCACAUUACCUGGAAACUUAACAGAGGAUGAGAUGAAGCAACUUGAAAGGAAUGAGAAGGUGGCAAUUUAUGCAUCUAACAUAGGGAACAUGGUGUUAUUUGUAGCAAAAGUAUAUGCCUCCAUUCAGAGUAGAUCUCUUGCUGUGAUUGCAUCAACUUUGGACUCACUCUUGGAUCUCUUGUCUGGAUUUAUACUUUGGUUCACUUCUUAUACUAUGAGCAAACCAAACUAUGACAAAUACCCUAUUGGCAAGAAUAGGAUGCAACCUGUGGGGAUAGUUGUAUUUGCAUCUGUCAUGGCAACUCUUGGAUUACAAAUACUAUUUGAAUCAAUGAGGGAAAUCAUUACAAAGGCUCAACCUGAUAGAAAUCCAGUGAAAGAAAAGUGGAUGAUAGGGAUUAUGGUGACAGCUACGUUUGUAAAAGUUGGGCUAAUGACAUAUUGUCGAAGGUUCAAAAAUGAAAUAGUGAGGGCCUAUGCUCAAGACCAUUUCUUUGAUGUCAUAACAAACUCAAUUGGUUUAGCCACAGCAGUGCUAGCUAUCAAAUUCUACUGGUGGCUUGAUCCUAUUGGGGCCGUUUUGAUAGCUUUAUAUACAAUCAGCAAUUGGGCAAAAACGGUGAUGGAGAAUGUAUGGUCAUUGAUUGGAAAAACAGCUCCACCAGAGUACCUUGCAAAAUUAACAUAUCUUUGUUGGAACCAUGACAAAGAGAUCAAGCACAUUGAUACAUUGCGAGCAUACACAUUUGGGUCUAAUUACUUUGUGGAGGUAGACAUAGUUGUUUCAGAAGAAAUGUCACUUAGUCAAGCACAUGACAUUGGAGAGACACUUCAAGAUAAACUUGAAAAACUACCUGAAAUUGAGAGAGCCUUUGUUCAUGUUGAUUUUAACACUACUCAUAAGCUUGAACACAAAACAACUUGAGGUGGCAUAGGAAAACUUAUGGAAUGUUUUAAGACUUAAGAGUGAUUAAUGAUUUUUGUCCAAGAGUGAUUAGUGAUUGAUUUGAUUAGCAUAUUGAUUUUGUUGUAGUAAAAUGUUAUUAUCAAAGUUUUUUAAUAAAAAAUAAAUUACGGGUAAAUGCA